AUGUGCGACCAGUUGAAUAAUCCGGGACUGAAAGAUCACCCUCAGUCGUAUUUCGGCAAUGCGAUUAACCCCGACGAUUUGAACAAAUUACGAAGUAAGUUUCUUCAUGUUUGGGGUAAAAUUGGUAAACGUUUAUGUGAACAAUAUGAUAUGAAAUUUGUUACAAAUAACACACCUCAAGCCGCUCCAGCUGCUUUUCAUUAUAUAUUAUUACUUGAUGCAUCAGGAUCAAUGGCGGGAAAUCCUUGGAAUGCUUUGAUGCAAGCUGUGAAAGAAUUUAUCAGAAUUCGAAUCGACUGUGGUGCAGCAGAUCGGAUAACGAUUAUCGUUUUUGCUAGUGCUGCAAACUACGCUAUGUUUAAUGUUGAAUCAAAAGCAGUUGACAGUGGCAAAAUACAAUUUACAAGUGGUGGUACAGAUUUUACCAAAGCAUUCGACUUAGUAGUUAAAACGAUAGAAAAUGUUCCACUUCCAACUUCCACUGCUAAUGCAGCUCAAAAUUUAUCUUUCAUCAUUAUAUUCAUGACCGAUGGGCAAGCUAGUUAUCCCGAAAACGAACUCAACAAACUAUUAACUCUGAGAACAAGAAUUAAUCAGUUCUGGACUGUCGCAUUCGGUGUUGCGCAAAUGGAUCUUUUGAAAAAAAUUAAUGACAAAAUGGGUGGCACAUUCAAAGAAUUAAAAACUUUAGAAGAACUCAUCAGUGUCUAUGCUGAAAUCGCUCGAAAUUGA